UCAUCCACUGUGCUUGUCCACUUUCUCAAGCUCAGCACCUCAGCCCUCGGCAGACGGCAGCUGCCCAGGCUCCAUUAUAGAGGGAACUUUGUCCGCACCGCGCGGACCAGCCGGACACCACACCACACACACGCCACCCGGAGAGGCUGCCAUGGUCGCGGGCGAGAAGCGGGGGCACCCUCUCCUGAGGGGCGGGGGCGCGAGGAGGGAGCGCUACACCCACGGUUUCUCGUCGUCCCAGAUGGCCGCGCUCACCGCGCUGUGCGGCGCGCUGGUGCCGUCCCUGCCGCCGCCGGUCAGCCGGAACGGACACCAUCCGGAGGAGGACGGCGGCCCCGGCGGGGGCGAGCGCGGCGGCAACAAGGUCGUGGAGGAGUUCCUCCUCGCCUCGGCCGCAGACCCGCCCGUGCCGGACGAGGUGGCGGAGCUCAUGUCGCGGAGGUGCCUCCCGGAGGCGCUGGCGCUGGUGCGCGCGGUGCUGUGGCUGCUGGGCACGCGGCUGGGGGCGCUGGCGCUGUGCGGGGCCCGGUGCCUGUCGUGGCGGUUCCCGUUCGUGCGCCGGUUCGCCGAGCUGCCGCCGGAAGAAAGGGAAGGCGCGAUGCAGCGGUGGAGCCGGCAGACGCUGCUCCCGCCGCUGCGCAUCUUCUUCCUCAUCACCAAGGUCUUCUGCCUCUACGUCUUCUACUCCUGGACCGACGAGAACUCGGAGAACCCGCACUGGCGCGCCACCGGGUACAGCCCGCCGCUGGCCGACGAGGAGCAUGCGGCGGCGGCGGAAGAAGGGCGUCCCGAGAAGCGGCCCCUCGACGACGGCGUCGUGGAGACGACCAACGAGACCGACGCGUCCCUGGCGGCGUCGCUCGCGGCGAAGGGGCUCGCGGUGACCGAGGACGCGGCGCGGAACGUGUGCACGGUCGAGUGCGACGUCGUCAUCGUCGGGUCCGGCUGCGGCGGGGGCGUGUCGGCGGCGGUGCUCGCGGGGGCAGGAUACAAGGUGGUCGUCAUCGAGAAAGGGAGCUACUUCACGGCGCGGGACUACACGGCCGUGGAGGCGCCGUCGAUGGAGCAGCUCUACGAGGGCGGCGGGUUCGUCAGCACGCUCAGCGGCGGCGCGCUGAUCCUGGCGGGGUCGGCGGUCGGCGGCGGCACGGCCGUGAACUGGUCGGCCUGCAUCAAGACCCCCGACGAGGUGCGCGCGGAGUGGGCGCGCGACCAGGGGAUCCCGCUGUUCGCCACCGACGAGUACGCCGCCGCCAUGGACAGGGUGUUCGAGCGGCUCGGCGUGACGCACGGGUGCAACGAGGAGGGGCUCCAGAACAAGGUCCUCCGCAAGGGGUGCGAGAAGCUCGGGUACAAGGUGGAGUCCGUGUCGAGGAACUCGUCGGAGGGCCACUACUGCGGCAGCUGCGGGUUCGGCUGCCGCACGGGCGACAAGCGCGGCACGGACACGACGUGGCUGGUCGACGCGGUGAGCCACGGCGCGGUGAUCCUGACGGGGUGCAAGGCUGAGAAGCUGCUGCUGAUGGAGCGCGCCGGCACCGGCGGCGCGGACGGCAGGGCGAAGCGGUGCGCCGGCGUGGUGGCGAGGAGCACCAACCCGGCGGUCACGAGGACGCUGGAGGUGCGCGCCAGGGCGACCGUCUCGGCGUGCGGGUCGCUCCUGACGCCGGUGCUGCUGCGCGGGAGCGGGCUCAGCAACCGGCACAUCGGCAAGAACCUCCACCUCCACCCGACGGCGCUGGUGUGGGGCUACUUCCCGGAAAGCACCACGGCGGAGCCGGACCUCAAGGGCAAGAUGUACGAGGGCGGCAUCAUCACGUCCCUGCACAAGGUGGAAGGCCCUCCCGGCGCGCCGGCCCGCGCCAUCCUGGAGACGCCGGCGAUGGGGCUGGCCGCGGCGGGGACGCAGUUCCCCUGGGUGUCAGGGCGGGACAUGAAGGAGCGGAUGCUCAGGUACGGCCGCACGGUGCACCUCUUCUCCCUGGUCAGGGACCGCGGCUCCGGCACCGUGCACGGCGAGCGCCGGGUCGCGUACCACCUCGACGCCGCGGACCGGGAGGACAUGCGCGAGGGCCUGCGCCGCGCGCUGCGGGUCCUGGCGGCGGCGGGCGCGGCGGAGAUCGGGACCCACCGCAGCGACGGGCAGCGGUUCGUGUGCCGGGGCGCCACGGAGGCCGCGCUGGAGGAGUUCCUUGACGGCGUGGACGUGGUGCGCGGGCCCAAGUCGAAGGCCGAGGCGUGGAGCCUCUUCUGCACGGCGCACCAGAUGGGCAGCUGCCGGAUGGGCGCCACGGCCGCAGACGGCGCCGUGGACGCGCGUGGUGAGAGCUGGGAGGCCCAGCGCCUGUACGUGUGCGACGGCAGCGUCCUGCCGAGCGCCGUAGGUGUCAACCCCAUGGUCACCAUCCAGUCCGUAGCCUACUGCCUCGCCACCGGCAUCGCCGAGUCGCUCAGGCGCGACCCGGCUUUCUGAGAAGAGCUACUGAUGUUAGCACGCCCGUGAAAGCACGUUUACCUCUUGAAAUGUCCCUGUGUAUUGCGAAAUAACUCCAUAGUGAUUCAUGAUCCGCGUGAUGGAUAAUAAGAAAUUCAAAUGAAGCAAAUCAUCCUCUUCCGUGUCC